AUGACUGAGGUGGCGCAGGUUGCGGCUGUAGUCGCCCACGACAUGGAAGAUGAUGUCACAAAUGAAAGUGAACUCAACAUGAGCGAUGUGGAAAACAAGGAGGAUGAUACGACACAUGAGGAAGAUGAUGUGGCGGUCGACGAAGACAACGCAGCCGAGGAAAACAGCGAGGAAACGUCACAAGUGGAAGACAAAGAGCAUUCCCAAGUGAACGAUGAAGAAAGUAAUGAGACUGACAAGACAUGCGUGAACGGUGUGAAUCAUAAAGAAAACACUGCCGAUGAGAAAAAUGAAAAUGGCGUAGAACAGGACACAGAGACAAAGGAGGAUGCAGACCCUGACACAAAUGAAGACCAGAGUAUUUCUGAACUGAAACUUAAAAAAGAGAGGCUCCUUCGAUCCAGAAAGCUUGUGGCCAGAAGCUACGUGCCAAAGGCGAACAAAGACAAGGGGGAUGUGACGGGCAAGUUUGAGGCCAUGCAGAAGGCCAGAGAGGAGCGCAGCAGGCAGAGGAACACCGAAGAGCAGCAGAAGAGGAAGGAACAAUACGUCAAGGAGAGAGAGUGGAGUCGCAGGAAGCAGCAGAUAAAAGAACUGCUCGCUUCCAGUGAUGAGGAAGAAGAGGUGAAGCCAGUAAAGGUAGAAAAAUCCUACGUCCCUAAAAUCACAGGUAGUGUGAAGGGGAAGUUUGCAGUAAUGGAAAAACAAAGACAAGAGGAGGAAAAGAAGAGGAUGGAAGGAGAGAGGAAGAAGAGGGAAAACCAGGACAACAUGGAAAAAGCCAAAAUAAAGAAGGAGUUGGCUAAGAAAGCAGCUGAGGAUGGAGAUGACACAAUCCUGGUACGGGUGGUUCCAGCAAAGUCCUCCCGACCUCCAGGCAGAAUCAAGGUGAACUUUGAGGACAUGGAGAAGAAUCGAGAGGAGGAAGUGAAGAAGAAGGUAGAGGAAGAGAAGAAGAGACGGUACGAUGAAAACAAACGCUCCUUCAGAGAUGCCAAGCGGUGCUCGGUUGUUCAACAGGAUGAAGAGGAGAAGCCUUCAGAGAGGGUGCAGAUGACUCCUGGGAAACUGAAGAUGACAUUUGAGGAGUUGGAGAUGGAGAGACAGGAGCACAGGAAGAAGCAGGCGGAGGAAGAAGCCAAGCGCCGCCUGAUAGAAGAGAAGAAAGCUUUCGAGGAGGCUAGGCUGGGAAUGGGAGAAGGUGAGGAAGACCCUCAGGCAGCUCAGGAAGACAAGGACGACUUCCGACCUGGAAAACUGAGGUUGAGCUUUGAAGAGGUGGAAAGGCAGAGGGUCGAAGACGAGCGCAAGAAAGCAGAGGAAGAGUACAAGAGACGAAUGGAGGAGGAGAGAAGAGCUUUCGCUGAAGCCAGGAAGAGCAUGCUUGUAGAUGAGGAUGACGAGGUGCUGAUGGCCUUACUGAACCUGGAGGGCAGUGAGCCUGGGAAGAUAUGCGCCAGCUUUGAGGAUCUCAAGCGCCAGAGAAGAGAGGAUGAGCAGAAGAAGGCAGAGGAGGAUGCCAAGAAGAGACUGGAGGAGGAGAAGAGGUUCUUUGCUGAGGCCCGCAAGAGCAUGGUACUAGAUGACGAAGGAGAGAUGGUGAAGAGUGAAUCUCAGGAAGCACUACACCCUAGAAAACUGGAGAUGAACUUUGAAGAGCUGCUCAAAGAAAAGGAGGAAGCUGAGAGGAGACGCAAGGCCGAGGAACGCAAAAAGGAAAGGGAGCAGGAGAAGCAGGAAUUUGAACAACUCAGACAAGAGAUGGGCGAGGAUGAAGUGAAUGAAAGCUCAGAUGUUGUAAGCAAAGAGUAUGAAGAACUGACCAAACUCAAGAGGACGGGCUCCAUUCAGGCCAAGAACCUCAAGUCCAAAUUUGAGAAGAUCAAGCAGCUGACUGAAGAGGAAAUUCAGAAAAAGAUUGAUAUGGAGAGAGCACGGAGGAAGGCCGGGGACGAGGAAAGAGAAACCACUCCAGUUAGGGCCGAAGAGUCACCAUUCAAGCAGAAGGUGGAUAUGAAAGCCAGAUUUCAACAAAUGGCUAAAGCCAGAGAGGAAGAGGAGAGGAGGAGGAUAGAGGAGCAGAAGUUGCAGAGGAUGCAGUUUGAGCAGCAAGAGAUUGAUGCUGCCCUCCAAAAAAAGAAGGACGAUGAUGUGGAGGAAGAGGGCAGCAUCAUCAACGGCUCUGCAGCCUAUGAAGACGAGGAGGACCAUGCCCGAUCGGGGGCUCCGUGGUUUAAAAAGCCCCUUAAAAAUCAAUCAGUGGUGGACUCGGAGCCAGUUCGGUUCACCGUUAAGAUCACAGGGGAGCCCAAGCCGGAGGUGACCUGGUGGUUUGAGGGAGAGAUGCUCCAGGACUGUGAGGACUAUCAGUAUAUAGAGAGAGGAGAGACGUUCUGCCUCUACCUGCCGGAGACCUUCCCAGAGGACGAGGGAGAGUACAUGUGCAAGGCUGUGAACAGCAGAGGCACAGCAGCCAGCACCUGCAUCCUCACAAUAGAAACCUAUGACUACUGAUGCCCUUCCAUGUUCUGGAAACUUUCCCUGUUGUCUCUCACUCCUUUUGUAAAACUUCAUCCCUCGUGGUAUGGUCAAACAGCAGAGGGGAAGGAAAAUAGCAGUAUGCUUGGCAUUCCUAAGGGAGGGAUACACAACACACAAAAAGAUUGCAACAUGUUGUUUACGUUUGUAAAGCUGCACUCCCUGUAGAGUAGGAUGACACUUGUGCCAAAAACAGACUCGAUUCUUGUUCCCAUGCCAAGAGUUAUCUUCGCUGCGAGGCCCUUACGAUAUCUGUGUUACCAGCAACUUUUGAGUAUCUUAGUACUGUAUUGUAAAUAUCACACUUAUAUAUACUAUAUUACUAAAGUCCAUACAUGGCAAACAUUAUGGUUGGGGCACUGAAAUGUAAAACAGUAAGAUGUUCUUGUGUACUAACCUUAAAGAACAAGGUACAGGAAUAUCAGUAAAACAUCUUGCUUCAGUAUUCUAGUACUGCUCCACAACAGUUUUCUGUACUCUUUGCCAUAUUAGUAAAUGGUAUUGUGAUACUUGCCUGGUAUUAUAUCAAGGAGUGACGUCACCUAAUUGGAAAUCCACAGUGAAGGGUGUGUUGAUAAUGAUAUUGCAGGAACAAAACAAUUUGCGUGUACAUUCUUUCCUUCAAUUAAACUCUCUAGGCCAAGAUUAAAUGUUUUUAAACUGCAGCAUUUAAAAAAAAUAAUAAUAUGUUGAUUUUUCAUGAACGAACGCCCCUUUUUCCUUUUUGCGUUAAAUGUAAUACUCUUGAUACAGCUGUCAUAAUUCAGUUGGCAAUAGGUAACUGUUUUAUGGUUUGAUAAUGGAAAAAUAAACAUA